AUGGGAAAGAGAGUUAGGGAUAAAGAGAGUGGAAUUUCUAAUGGAAUAAAUAGCCAUCAUACUCAUGCAGGAAGAGUUUGGGGAAUUCUUCAUAUAAUAAAGUAUCAUCAUUGGCGUCAUGUUAAGAGAAGGAUUACUCAAAGGAGGCCUUGUAAUGGACCUGAUGAUUCAAGAAAUGAUGAAAUUCCAGAAACUUCUGAUGAUUCUAUGAGAGAGAAUUUGAGGCCAAGUAUGCCUUUAUCUAAUGUUGAAGAAGAAAAUAAGCUUGGACAAAGCACUCAACAAAAUAAAUACUCAAUAAAAUCAAAAAUAAAAGCACUUCUUAACGAAGAAACAUACAAAAUGAGAGGGAGACACAAGAGAAGCUCAACCUGUCCUACAAAAUCGCAGCUAACUCGAAUCGAUUCAGUUCAUCACUUGGAAGUUGAUCCACUGAGUGAAAUGCUGUUAACAGUUGAGAAUCGAGAACCAGUUCUAGAAACUUUUCAAAACCAUCUUGCAGCUGGAACAUUGGAAGUUUUGUCACCGGUUAUCUCAAGGAAAAACUCGCUCUCCAAUAACAGCAACGACAAAUGCGUUGAAUGCGGGGCAGCGUUUUCUAGUGAACCUUUGGAAAAACAUGAUCACAGGAGUCAUCAUAAGCAUCGCAAUCUAUCGAUGAGCGACGGAUUGCAGGAAGAUAAACUGAUAAACGCGAAAAUACUCACAACCGAUGCUUCUCCGCUUCUUUUCAAGGAUUUUCUUGAUGCUCUUGAUCUUAUCAACACAAACAAAGACUUUCUAUUGAAAUAUAUGAAUGAUCCUGGCUCUCCUUUGCCAUUUGAACUUCAUACUCAACCACAUUCUCCGAACGCUAAAUCGAGACGAGCCAAAUCCAUCUCAUUACCUGUUGGUGGAUCAUCUUCUUCUGACAACUUGGUAGAUGAAUUGUUGAAUUCAAAAAAAGAGAUAGAAUCAGAAAUUCAAAAUUUAGCAGAUUUUCACAAACCAUCAACUUCUUCUUCUUCACAUAAAGCUAAUCAUCAACUAGUCCAUUCGGAUCAAGAAUCGGUUGAACGAGACUAUAAAGAAACUUCGUCAGGCUCGUCCCAAGUUUCAAACAAUGUGAAGAAUAAGAACUUCAAGGAUCUCAGAAAAAAGAUAAAGCAUAUAAUCGAAGAAAGCAAAAACGAAAAGCUUCGCAUUAAGAUGGACGCUGUAGUCGACAAAAUUCCCCGUGGCAACAAGUUUUCCAAGAAUGUAAGGAAGUUGAUGAGCCACGAAAAGUUCAAACAAAACAAUAAGCAUCAACUAUCAUCAGGCUUGAGGACAUCGUCUCUAAAAGAAUCGGUCGGUCGAUACUCUCAGCUUUAUGAUACUUGUUUUCACAAAGAAGUUGUUAGCAAUAAAGAAGAGAAGCCUCCUAAGAGUGAUAGCUUAAAGCUGAAAACAGAAGAGAAAAGUUCGGUAUUGAAGACACCGAAAUCGUUCAAAAGGUUUCUUUCAUUACCUAAUCUAAAAUCAUAUUUCAACCAAAAUGAAGACCCUUCUGUUCUCUUGUCUCCUCAGAAUUCAGUUAGAAAAUCUGAAGAUAGAACUAGAAGCUCAAGUUUAAUUGAUGGCUACUCAAAUAGUGAAAUUCUCUCACCUUCACCUGCACCUUCUGAUCAUACAAAUGAAGAAAGCAAAGUUAUUGUUAACACUGCUUCGGAUUCAGGAUCAGAUGUUAACGACGACGUAAAGUCGGAAAAGAGUAUAGGAUUUGAUGGUUUAGGUAACUUGAGAGACACGCAAUUUUCUGGUAGCAAUGAACAAGACAUUGGUUAUGCAACAGAAUCAAGUACUAUGUUGGUUGAAGGAAACUCAGCUUUCUCUUCUGAUACCAGCUUCUUAGAUUCUACAUUUGAGUUGGAAAACUUAAAUAUAUUAGAAGAAUCAGAUCAAGAGUUAAAGCCAAUGCUAGCUGGUGAUGAGUUGAACUAUAUGUAUGAGCAACAAGAGGCAAAAACAGACCAGUUUGAGGAGGUUGAGAAUUUUCUUAAGCAUGGAUAUAAAAUUCCAUGCAACGAAAUUGAUACGAAUAACGAAGCUGCGUUUAAUUAUGUGAAGAAAGUUUUAGACCUCUCGGGUUUCACUAGCAAUGAGUCUCUUGAAACAUGGUAUUCUGAUUACCAACCACUUGAUCCAUCGAUUUACCAAGAACUAGAGGGAUGUUUGCUUCUUGAUCCCGAUUGUUCUGGCAAUUGUGAAGGCGGACAUUGCAAUCAUCUUCUUUUGUUUGAUAUAAUCAAUGAAGGAUUGUUGGAGAUUUUCGGUAGAUCGUAUAACUAUUAUCCUAGACCAUUGUCUUCUCUAUCUCAUGUUCAUCGAUUGCCAAAUGGAAGAGAUGAUGUUUUACAUAAAGUAUGGAAACUUAUUACUUGGUAUCUCAGUUCAGCUCCUCCUGAUGAGGCUUAUCAAUCAUUGGAUUACUAUGUUAGUAAAGAUCUAGCAAGAAAUGAUGGGUGGAUGAAUCUUCAAUUUGAUUCUGAAUGUGUCGGGCUUGAGAUAGAUGAUUUGAUUUUCGAUGAUCUCUUGGACGAUAUUAUCUACUCAUAA